CGGAGUACUCACUUCUUUCUUUGAAUCCAACUAACAUUUUUGAAAAAAUAGAAACAAUGGAUUCUUCUUCUCUUAAUUUGCUCUACCAUCUGAAUUUCAACUACACUUCUUCCCUUCCUUUCAACGUAAACGACUCCGACGAGAUGCUUCUCUAUGGCUUACUUGCUCAAGAAACCACCUCUAGGGACGGUUCUGCUGUGUUAGCUAUGGGUUCACAUGAUUCCAGUAACUAUGAGGAAGUUAGCUCGGUUUCUGAGCCAAAACCCUCAAAGGAAAGGACAUAUAGAGGUGUUAGGCGGCGGCCAUGGGGCAAAUUCGCAGCGGAAAUAAGAGAUUCAACAAGAAAUGGAAUUAGGGUAUGGUUAGGGACAUUUGAUAGUGCAGAAGCUGCUGCUUUGGCUUAUGAUCAAGCUGCUUUUUCGACGCGAGGUUCGGGGGCAAUUUUGAAUUUUCCAGUGGAAAGAGUUGUGGAAUCUCUUAAUGGAAUGAAGUGUUAUGUAGAAGAAGGUUGUUCACCUGUGUUGGCUUUAAAAAGGAGACACUCUAUGAGGAAGAAGAAAAAUAAUAAAGUAAAGGAAGUAAAAAAAGAGAAUGUUAAUGCAAUAAUGUUUGAAGAUUUGGGUGUUGAUUACUUGGAACAUCUUUUGAGUUCAAGUGAUCAGAGUAGUAGUAGUAGUAAUGAAACUUUCACAAAGGGAUGUGAUAGUAUGAAUGAAAUUAAUCCCGUCAUCUUUAAUCAACAAUAUCGGAUUUGAGCCUUGUGAAUGAAUGUGAUAGUAUGAAUGAAAUUAAUCCCGUCAUCUUUAAUCAACAAUAUCGGAUUUGAGCCUUGUGAAUGAAUGUGAUAGUAUGAAUGAAAUCCCGUCAUCUUUAAUCAACAAUAUCGGAUUUGAGCCUUGUGAAUGGAGAAAUUUCUGUCAAUGACGACUUUCUCCUUGAAGGGGUUAUACGAGUCAUGAAUUUGUAAUGGAAUUUCAAGUCUAAUGUAAAUCAUAGGUCAAUCUAACUCAUUAUUUAUUUUUAUUUUCUUUGAAGAAAAAGAAACAUCGGGGGAAAGAUUUUUGGUGGUGGCUUGGUGGCAUGUAAUAAUCAAUAAUUUUAAUGUGAUUUUGAUUUUUGAUUGCAGAAGUACU